UAUGCAUGUGCGCACGGUCAUACCUCACUGGAUUUUGUUUAUAUUUUGGAAAAGACUACCCAAAUGUCAAACCUCCAGUUAACUCAGGAAAAACUAGAUGCCCUACGCUCCGAAUACAGGCCACGCCGGCCGUGCGCCCUGCUGAAAUAUCCUCGACCCAAGACAAAGCCGGAGUACCAGGCGAUAUAUCCGUGGUUGCUCCCGGAUGAGACGGAUCCGCACUUCGUGUUCUGCGCGGUGUGCGAGUGCAGGCUCAGCUGCAAGAGAUCUGAUCUGGGAAAGCACGAGGGUAGCAUUAAGCACUCGGAAAAUGCACAAAGAAAAUCAUUGCCAGCCAAGGCAAACAAUUCGAGCUUCAAUGGAUCCAGCUCCGGUGCGAUGAAGUGGGAGGAUACCGAGGACGAGGAGGGUCUACUACAAUACGGAACAGAUCCCCAAGACGACGAGACAGAAGAUGAGGAGGAGGGAGAACUUGACGAAACAGAGGGCGACUGCGAGGACGAUGAGAAGCGGACUCAAGAACUGGAAGCACAAAAUGAUCUCGAAACGGAGCCCGUCAUUAAGCAGCAGCGCCGCACUUCGGAGACCGACUCACAGAAUUCUGGCAUGCUGGAUUAUCUGCCACUACACGUGACCAUCAACGAGGGGCCUCAAAGUCUUCCGACCACUGUCUCCGCCUAUCCCACAUCCUCAGCAACAGCAACAGUAGCUCCGCCAUGCAGGAUCACCAUUAAAAAAGUUCCAGUGCACAGUACUCCACUCAGUGGGAUGUGCCAAGCUCAGGAGAUCAAUUCCAAGGCCACCAUAACGCCUAUACACACGACGCCCUCCUAUGCUGCCCGCCCGCUGCAAUCUUAUCAACUGCAACCAUUGUCACCUAUAACGCCACCGCGCGACUCAUUGGAGCUGUUCUUCGACAGCAUAUGUGCCACCGUCAAGAACUUGCCGCCCAAACUGGCCACCGAGGGUAAGAUCCGGGUAAUGCAGCUCAUUGGGGAGCUCGAGUUGCGUGCUCUUUGCGAACAGGAGGCGCUCUCUGAGGUCGCCGGACUUCCGGAUCUCGCGGGAAACUCCAGGUCUGGAGCAGCUGAAGCCUCAGGCAGUGGUCAGCAGAAUGCGACAGUGGCUUCUACCACCAAAUAAAUUCACCUGGACUUUGGAAUCGGUUCCAAACCGUGCUCAAUACGGCAAUUAGAAUAUAUGCUAGUGCUUUCAUUUUUUAAUUUUGUUAACUGAUUUUCAUUAAUAAAGUUAUUUAUUAGUUGUUGU